GCGUUGCUCGCUGCUGAGUGACAUUCAGUCCGAUCACCAGGAUCCGAUUGCGACCUGUUGAAGACUGUUUGUUUUUAAUUCCUUCAGCUCAGAUUCUAAAGAGAAAAAUAAAACUUUAGAUUCUUUUUCUUUUCUGUCAAAGCAGUUCUUGAAACAUUGAAUCCCUUGUAAACUGGUAGAAAUGAUGAAAAACGGACAACACGGUACCAAGGAUCAGAGCGAAGAAGCCGGCAGCAGUACGCCGGCUGCCUCCGCGCGUAGCCCGGAGAAAAGGAAGAGGGUUGUCCGGUUGUGGUGCGAUGGAUGCUACGACAUGGUGCACUACGGUCACUCUAACCAGCUGCGGCAGGCUAAGUCUAUGGGCGAUUACCUUAUUGUCGGGGUGCACACGGACGCGGAGAUUUCCAAACACAAGGGCCCUCCGGUUUUUACUCAGGAAGAGCGCUACAAGAUGGUGCGUGCAAUCAAGUGGGUGGACGAGAUAGUGGAGGGGGCCCCUUAUGUCACAACGCUGGAAACGCUGGAUAAAUACAACUGUGACUUCUGUGUGCAUGGAGAUGACAUCACGCUAACAGUGGACGGUAAGGACACGUAUGCGGAGGUGAAGCAGGCUGGGCGAUACAGAGAGUGUAAGCGCACCCAGGGGGUCUCCACCACCGACCUGGUGGGGCGGAUGCUUCUAAUGACCAAAGCCCACCACAGCAACAUGGAUAACACAGAUUACCAGCAGCACACCGACAACUUUGGAAAGGGUGCUACAGCCCACAGCCCAUGGACAGGGGUGUCUCAGUUCCUGCAAACAUCCCAGAAGAUCAUCCAGUUUGCUUCAGCUAAAGAGCCUCAGCCUGGAGACACCAUCAUUUAUGUGGCUGGAGCCUUUGAUCUUUUCCACAUCGGCCACGUUGACUUUCUGGAGAUGGUUUAUAAGCAGGCAGAGAGGGCUUAUGUUAUUGUUGGUCUGCACUUUGAUCAGGAAGUGAAUCGCUACAAGGGAAAAAACUACCCCAUCAUGAACAUCCAUGAGAGAACCCUGAGCGUCCUUGCCUGCCGGUAUGUGUCUGAGGUGGUGAUCGGUGCUCCUUAUGCUGUAGGCAAGGACCUGCUGGACCAUUUUAAGGUGGAUUUAGUGUGUCACGGUAAAACUGAGGUGCUUCCUGAUAAGGACGGGGUGGACCCAUACGCUGAACCCAAGAGGAGGGGGAUUUUUAGGACCAUUGACAGUGGGAACAAUCUCACCACUGAUGACAUCGUCCAAAGGAUCAUUGCAAACAGACUCCAGUUUGAAGCUAGGAACCAGAAAAAGGAGGCUAAAGAGAUGGCUGUGAUCGAAGCGAUGAAGAGGAGGGAACACCAGCAGCAGGAGGGGCAGCAGGAUGAAGCUGCAGCUCAUUAAUGCGCCCUGGACAGCUUUUAAUCUGGUUCAUUCAUCCAGUCACACUCAGCUUUAAAAAAAAAAGGUUGACCCAGCAGAGCCAGACUGAAAGUCCUGGGCCAAAUCUGGCCCAUCUAUGUGUGUACAGAUCCAAAACCUGCUCUGAUCCUUUGUUUCCUCCCUGUUAGGUUAAGCUUUUCAGAUUUCAGUCACACUACUGUACAUGUAAAAUGAUGUUGAGUCUGGGAUUUUAUUCAUAACUUAUUGUCAGACUUUAUUACAUAAAUGAGUUUUAAUGAUGUGUCAUCAGUAAUGCUAAAUGCGCUGUAAUUUAACUAUUUCAAUUUCUAGUUUUAACCAUGUUUUUUGUCCUCAUUGUGUAAAAAUUGCUUCCAUCCAUCCAUUUUCGGUCACGCUUUACCCCAAGCGGGGUCGAGAGGGGUGCUGGUGCCUAUCUCCAGCUGUCAACGGGCGAGAGGCGGGGUACACCCUGAUCAGUCCAUCGCAGGGCAUUAGAGAAGCCAGUUAACCUAACAGUCAUGUUUAUGGACUGCGCGAGGAAGCCGGAGUACCCAGAGGAACCUACGCAUGCUCAGGGAGAACAUGCAAACUCCAUGCAGAAAGAACCGGGGCGGUAAAUGAACCCGGAACCUUCUUGCUGCAAGGCAGCAGUGCUACCCACUGAGCACCCGGUAAAAAAUGCAUAACUGAUAAAUGAAUCUGUGAAAUGCUUUGUAGAUUUUAUCUGUGGAUUUUUAACCACCUGAAUUUGCAUCUGAGUGUGAAUGUGUAACGGUGUGAGCGUGUGCAGAAAGAAGCGAGUACGUGAGUGUUUUUAAAAAGAUGUAGUGCCUCAAUCCUAAAGCUGUAUUUAUUCUAGUGACUGUUAGUCUGAGCGCUUCUCUGUCUGCAGCUGUCUUGACUAAAAUUUUUAUUUUUAUGAGACAAUCUUAGAAAAAGAAAGGAUUCUAAUUUUUGGACCUUGGAAGGGGAAGGGAUUUCUCUUAAUAAUGAUCCUUCCAGGUAAAGUGAAGAUAUUUUUAAAUUGCGGUGCUUCUCUCAGCCUUUUAGUGUCUUUUUUUUUUGUGUGUUUCAUUUUGUGAAAUAAAAGGGUAAUCUAAAACAAUGAGGAGUGUAACGUGUGAGUUCAUCCAGGUGGAGGUUUGUGUGAUCAGCACAUAUUCCCGGUUCACUGAGGCGGAUAAAUUAGGGCAAUGUUCGCUUCCUAAACAACUAAAGCCGACCCAGACUCAGCACCCCCACAGCUGAAAACCAGCAAAUCAUCAUGUCUAUAAAAAGAUGUCCAGAGCAUUUUGCAUCUAACAAACCUUUAUUU